AGGGUGGUUGUUUUUCUUUGGGGGGUGAUGGCCCUAAAUUAAUCACAGUGUCCAAAAAGGUAUCACGCGUUUUUUUGAACUUCAUGAAUACCUCUUCGACGGUGCGGUUGUAGCCAUGCAUUUUUAAAUGCGCUGCUACCUCUCUAUGCACAGGAAGAAUGGGCAUAGAACGGGACCUCAUGAGCAUCUUUAAUUUUCCGCUCCCCCUAACACUUCUAAGGAGCAGUUCUAUCUCCUUAUUUGCCCACGUGGAACCCUUCCUACGCGCCAUCACUGCUUCCCAAGAACUUCGGCCACUCUGCAAAGGUCCAGCGGGAAGAUGGAUUUGCUACGUCAUCACUGUGCAGGGAUUCUUGGCGCGAAAAUAUAGACUUGCGCCCCCUAGUGCUUUUACUGCAGUGCAGGGAGUUUGGGAGUGGAGAGAGCCAGCAGCAGCAGCUAAGUGAUACCGCAGACGUUUGAUUCACAACCUCUAUAAUUAGAUUGCAGACAGCAUUAUUUUAUAUUUGCUGUCAUUAGGAAAGCCAUGGAUAGCCAUGCAGUGACCGAAAGUGGUGCCUCCACACAAGCAAGGGGGAGGGUGUGGAGUGCCAAUGAAGUUUUGGCCUUAUUAGAAAUAUGGAAAGAACAAAAAUUGCAGAACAAAUUAAAAAAGAAUUAUAGAAAUUUGGAUAUUUUUAAGGAUGUAGCUGAUGAAAUGGCAAAGAAAAACCAUGUCAGAUCUGCAGAGGAAUGCAGAAGCAAAUCCAAAAAAAUGAGAUUUGAGUAUAGAAAGGUUGUGAAACAUAAUCAGAGAAGUGGAAGCAACCCUAUUACAUGUCCCUUUUACAGGGAACUAGAGGAAAUCUUUCAUGGGGAUGUUAGCAUCACCCCUCAUAGGUUAUCCCGAAGUCUUGAUUUUGAAAGGGAGGGUGAAACCACAAAUGUGACUGAGGAAACCGCAUCCACCUCCAUGGCUAACACAGGCGAUGGAGGCACCCAGGAAACAACUACCAGACAAGACAGUGAUGAAGAUUCUGAUGACACUUGUCUCGAUGACACAAUCAUUAAUAUUCCUUUCACCAUUUUGGAAAGUGGACCUACGCAAAUAGCAGGUAGUGCGACUGGAGAACAAUUGGGACACUUGGAAAGACGUGCAGAUGGUACCAGCGGUGGAACCGAUGUACGUAACGAUCCCGAUGAGGAACAGGAACAACCCAAUGUAUUGCUGUCUCCUGGAACAAGACUGCGAUCAAACAGGAACAGGAAUCGUCGCGCCAGAAGAGGAGAACAUAUUGCGCGCACUAUAAUGCAGAGUGCUAGUCGAGAGGCCCAGCUUACCCGGAGAACACAGGAACGGUUCAUGGACAUUGUUCACGACAGCAUGAAAGACUGUAGGAGGACAGAAAUGGAACUUGUAAAUAUUAUGAAGGAAGAUGUUAGGAGAAGUGCACAGGACAGACAGAGAAUGUUGCAGUACAUGGAGACCAUGACUGAACUGUACCGGAGGAAAGUAGAUCAUGAAUGUUCACUUCCAACGGGACAACAUGUUUCUGUCGCCCAAGGAACUAUGCACACAUCAUUCAGGGCAUCUCCGGGUGAUAUUCCUCCCUCAACACCAGGCCCAGCUGUAUGUACAGAUUUUCAGGAGCAACCAUCCACAUCGUAUGUUGGUGGGCAAUUUCAAGGGAACAUUUCCCCUGAACUCUUUGAUGAACUUCCUCCUGCUUAUGCUCCUGAUGGUUGUCCUGUCACUCCUACUAGUAACAUUCUAGAUGAUGACAACACAGUAGAGAACAUCAACAGGGAUGUUCAGAAUGUUGUGGAAGUCACUGAUCCCCCUCAGAAUGAAGGCUGCAUUGGAACCGUGCAAUGUGUGAGCAAUGCUGGAACAUCUUCCUUGCAAUGCGCGGUUGCACCUCAACAAAAACAAAAUAAACCAUGCAGUUCUCGUACUGGGAGGAUAAUCAAGAAAAAAAAUAUUUUCCCCAUAAGGGAAAAUAUUUAUAGGGAAAAGGUUCUGUUUGGAAACCUCACAAAUGUUUCUGAAUUCUAUGUUUACCCUGUUAUGUGCCCGAUAAAGAGGGACUUUAACCAUUUCUCCUUGAACCACAUUAAAAUUUACUUUCCCUGUUAAGGAAAGCGUUUGUAUGUCACCAUGUGCAUAUGGAUAUGUUCUCACAUAAUGUAUAUACUGUACAGUUCAUAUCAAUGCCUGCUUUCCUUACAUAAUGGAAAAGAAGUCACCAGACGUUUUUUUUUGUAAAUAGAAAAGAUAUUUAUUCGUGUUUAAAAAUGUGAAGUUAUAAUGUUGACAAAAUACAGCUUUGUUAUCUGCAAUUGGUCUGCCAUCCUUAAUAUACUUAAACAUUUCCACAGCAAUAGCAAUAUUAUACAGCAAUGGUUUCUAGAACAGCCUUCCUUUUGAUUUUAAAGUUUGGUAUUAUCCUUAAGGUCUUCACAGUCUAACAUUGCAAUGGUAGGGACCAUGAUGUAUUAUUAGAAAUGUAAUAUAUACAAUCCAUUGUUACACCAUUGUUUUCCUAUAUUCCCAAAAAUGAUAUUUGAAACAUCAAUAUAGCAAUUGUUUAACACUACAAAAUAGAUUUCCAAAAUUUGGGUAAACAAUGACACUAAUCUAUAACAGUCUGGUAUUUAUAACCCACAAUAAUAUAUACACCAGUAGCAGAACCCGAUUGGAAAAAAAAAGGUAAAAGAAAAAAGAUUCUAAAGUACCGUGAUUCAACAUUGCCGUCUUGUAAAGUUAUUCACAUGUUGUACAAGACACCUUGUCAAACGCAUGUAUUUCAACAUUAAUAGAUUGAUACAAAGGUAAACCAAGAAAAAACUUUUUGAACAGAUCAAUGCUGUUGGCCUAACCGAGGUGAUGUAACAAAACAUCAAAUAAUGUCAGUUUCUGGUGUUACCGACCCAAAAUAAUGCUAGUUACUGCAGAUCUUACAGCUUGACCCUCUUUUUUGUGAUCGGUAGAGUGUCCUCUGGUGUUAUUUGCGAAAGCAGGGAGGACAAUUUUCGCAGGUGGUUCAACAUCGGGAUCAAGGACUUCUCCCCUUGUCUCACAAAUAUUGUGCAGGAUGGCACAUGCUGUAACCACAGAGAUAAAAUUUUCCUCUUUCACAGUUAGUCUACCAGAAAGACAACCCCACCUAGAUUUUAAUCGCGCAAAACAUCUCUCCACCACGCACCUUGCCUUACAAUGGGCAGUGUUAUAAGCAAGUUUGUCAGGUGUUAAUUCUCCACGAUAUGGUGUCAUUAGCCAUUUCCUGAUUGGGUAGGCACCAUCCCCUAUAAUCAGUGGUGGAAUGGCUACAUCGUGGACAUGCAGGGUGGGAUUUCCGGGCACAAAACAGCCUUCAUCCAUCACUUCACAGAUAGCGGAAUUUUUAAAGAUGUGGCUAUCGUGCGA